GGAAAAAAAAUGUUUUUUCUCAGAAGAAGUAUUUUCAGCAGAAAUAUAAACAGUUUUUUCAACUCAGUUCCCACAUCCCUCACAGUAGGACACAGGUCGCUUUACGUGGGUGAACGGGCCUCGCUUAGCAAAACAUUCAGUGCCAGAGAUGUCACACUUUUUGCUGAGCUGACGGGGGACACGAAUCCUCUCCACCUCGACCCCGAAUACACCAAAACGACCUCUUUCGAGACCCCCAUUGUUCACGGAGUGCUGAUUAACGGUCUGAUCUCAGCAGUUCUGGGGACGAAGUUGCCCGGCAAAGGCUGUGUGUUUCUUCACCAGGAAAUACGCUUUCCGGCACCCCUCUACAUCGGAGAGGAGGUUGUGGCAGAAGCGGAGGUCAAAAAGAUCAAAAUGUCCUUUGCGUUUAUUUCUGUUUCCUGCGCUGCCAAAGACAAAGUGGUCAUGGAGGGAGAGGUCAUAGUCAUGAUGCCGCAAGACGCACAACAAUCAUGAGAAACUUUAGUGAAUCCAGCUGUUUGGUUUUUAUGUGCUGCCAGGAAUUAAAUGUUCUUUCUUGCUUCUUUUUGUUCUUUCGGAAUGUAACACUCACUCAGAGAUUUAAUAUUUCUUGUUUUUUGUUCUCUGGGAGUUAUUUGAAUAAAAAAUGUGUGAGAAAAUAAA